UGCUGACUCGUUCUUUGACAGAGGAAGGAAGAGGAAUCUAGCCAGCCGCCGACAGCGGGUUGCAUUUGAUAAUUCAAUUUUCUUUGUGUCUGUGGGGUUUGAAAACACGGAAUUAUGUCGAAGAACACAGUGUCCGAUCGUUUCAGGAAAGUGGAUGUGGACGAAUACGACGAGAACAAGUUUGUGGACGAAGAGGAUGGGGGCGAGAAUCAACUGGGGCCAGAUGAGGCAGAAGUUGACUCCCUCAUCAGACAGGGAAACCUGAUGGAUGCCUUGCAAGCCGUGCUGAAGAACCCUCCUAUCAACACCAAGAACCAGAACGUCAAAGACCGUGCUGAGGGCCUGGUCCUGAAGGUGCUGAGCUCCUUUAAGAGCAGUGACAUUGAGAAGGCCGUGCAGUCUCUGGACAAGGGCUCUGUGGACCUGCUGAUGAAGUACAUCUACAAGGGCUUCGAGAGGCCCUCGGAGAACAGCAGCGCCGUACUGCUGCAGUGGCACGAGAAGGCUCUGUCAGCAGGAGGGGUUGGCUGCAUAGUGAGGGUACUGACUGCCAGGAAGACCGUUUAACCAGCUGGCAAGAUGCUCUCUCUCAGAUACACACAGACACACACACACACACACACACACAGGUGCAGAUACACACAGGAGUAUGAGCUGGUACUUACAGGGUCCUGUGGAGUAUUGCCCCCUAUUCAUAUCUAUUCCUGCUCUCUUUAGUUUCCAAGCUAUUUAACAGCCAUUUCACACACACACACACACACACACACACACACACACACACACACACACACACACACACACACACACACACACACACACACACACACACACACACACACACACACACACACACAGAGAAUCAUGCCUCGUUGAGUUUUAAGGUCAUCUACGUCCCACAAAACACAUUCCCAUUCACACAUGAACACCAGUGCCAUCGCUUAUGUUUUGAAGCUUCGCUUCUCUCAGGAAACCCUCCUGGCUUGCCACCUUAAAGAAACACCUCAUCAGGUCUUACUGAUGUUUUUUCCCCCUUUCUUUUACACCCUAUUUUUUUUAAAACAAACCCAUUGGAGUUGGACUUCGAACUCUUGCUUGAUCUAAACCCACAGCAUCCUAAUCCGUGCAGUUCUGGAAUCUGGGUGGUAGUGGGCUGUGUCAAGUCGGCCUGCCCUCUUUCGCAUCUCUCCACCAACCACAGACAUUGCCAUGCUCCUCUGCACCAAUAAGGACAAGUCAUCACCUGUCAUCAUUAUCUCCUCAGAAGAGAUUGGCCAAGGGUUUGGGACUUUGCACUCAAUGGGCCUUGUGCUGUCUUCCCUUGCCUGUUCACCCUACCCCCAUGUUCAACUGGGCUCGACCAGUACUUGUUGAUUAUCUUAAGGUGCCAGUGUUGAGAUUUUGUUUUCUGCCUGACUGACCAGGCACGCCCUUCUGAGAUGGUGGGCAAGGUGUUUCUGUCCCUCUCUGUCUCUGUCUAUCUCUUAAUAUUUGUCUAUCUCUCCAUUUCUCUGUCUUUUUAUUUGUCUCUCUAUGUUGUUUCCUCUGCACAAACAGACUGGGUACCUCUUCCAGAGUAAUAUAACAUCUUAACCUGACCUCUAACACAGGAGGCGUACUUCCUGUAUAUACAUAUAGAAACAACCAAUCCAGUCGCAACGGUUUUGUAGAAUUCAGAAGGUUUGGUUUCCAUUGAGUGGCUCUUGUGUGGUCCAGGGCGAGGGUUUGAGGGCUGCAGGUUGGUUUGGGCUUGGAUUAAUUUACUAGAGCAACAAUCACUAAAAUGCACAAUCUGGUGUGCAGUGGAGUGGCGCAUAAGACUGGCCAGACAGGGAUUGAGAUUAAGAAGCAGGAUUGGAGGGGGAUGGGUUAGGGGAGUUGGGGGGGGUUAGAUUGCCGGUGUGUAUCUGAUGAUUUGGGAUUAGGAUUAAUGGUGGUGGUGCUUUGCUCUCUUCUCAUUACAACCACCUCACUCUGGUUUAUAAUCCGGGGGGCUCCCACUACGCACUAGUAGGGCAUUAGCGAGACUCAAUUUGAACUAAUAGAUCUCCUAGACCUCAUCAGUUCUAUGCUACGCAACAUCUACCUGUGCACAACAAACACACGCACCGAGAAACACCUAUUGAUGUAAAAUCAACCUUUUGUAUUACCAUUAUUAUAACAAUGUGUAUUUUACGUUUCAGUUUGUUUUGGGGUAAUGUUGCGUUGCCUGGAAACCUGCCUGUAGUGGUGUUUCCAGGUAUCGUGACUUCACAACCUGUACAGAGUGAGAUGUACAGUAAUCUCUUAAAACUAAUGGCGUUACGCGAUUGACACGGCUUUGGGGCAGUGUGCAUUGUACCGGUAACUGUCUCUCCGGGUUAAAGACCGUGGUUGUGCUUGAUUGGAUCUUCUGACAUACGUGACCUACAGGUCAGCGGUGCCGUGGAAUUCACUCUCUGCGCUCUUCCUGCCCAUGGCUGUAUUGGCCAUUACAAAUGCAGACACAGGAGCGUCCAUGUUUUGUCUGUCUGCCUCUGAUGCUCUUAUUGUGACUUUGGGCCACAUUCCUUUAUGCUGUGUUCUUAUACGUAAAUGAUUUUUUUAAAUGACUAUCAUGUCUUUUUAUUAGUGGAAUUUCUUUUCUUUUCUUUGUCUUUUUUUAUUUACUUUUCCUGCAACCUUUCCACAGUGCACUUCCUACACAACAGCCAUUGCAGGCAGACCUGUCAUGAUCAUAUGACCAAAUGAAAAAGGAGGAACAAAACAAGUACAACUAAUCAAUCGCAGAAAAAACAGAUACCAAACUGGUGUAAAAAUUGCCUUACGUAAUAUUCCUUUUUUAUGUUUGUGCUUUUUGUGGUGGUAAUAAACAAAGAUUUAUACGUAUGUA